AUGAAUGUGGAUGAAGCCAAUGACUGUACUGACAAUGUUGAUGACCGUAAUGAAAGUUUAUUGGAUAUGGACCCAACAGUGCAAAUGUGUUUUGAAUCAAUGAUUGAAGCUAGAACCUUUUACACAAACUACGCCAUUAGAUGUGGGUUUGUCGUGCGGACUAGAACUUCUAAAAAAGAUAAAGACAACAACGUGUACUACUUGAGAUUAGUUUGUUCAAGGGAAGGGAAAUAUGUGUCUUCCGUCAAACCUGUGGUCAAAACACUUCCAAGUCAAACUAACCAAUGUCCUGCUGAGAUAACCAUUGCAAAGAAGGACGACAAGUGUUUUAUAAGAACCGUUGUUCUGGACCACAACCAUGAUCUUUGCCCGAAUAACUCCAACCUUUUUGCAGCGAAUAGAAAGUUAAGCAUGCAAGAAAAACACACGUUGGAGGUGAACCAUGAUGCUGGAGUUAGGUUAAAUAAGAGUUUCCUUAGCAUUGUCAACGAUGCCGGGGGCUAUGAAAACAUGGACUUCGUCGAGCGGGACGCGAGAAACUACAUUGUCCAACACAGAAGAUCUUUAUGUAAGGAUGGUGAUGGUCAGACACUCCUACGAUACUUUUCUUCAAUGAAAGAUACAAAUAACGAGUUCUUCUAUGACAUUACACUCGAUGAAGGGAAUAAAAUAUGUAGUGUGUUUUGGGCUGAUGCAAGAAGUCGUGCUGCAUGUGAAGAAUUUGGUGAUGUUGUUUCGUUUGACACAACUUACUUAACAAAUAAGUACGACAUGCCAUUUGCACCUUUUGUGGGAGUUAACCAUCAUGGACACUCCAUUUUACUUGGUUGUGGAUUGUUGUCUUCGGAAGACACUGACUCAUUUGUAUGGUUGUUCCAAUGUUGGCUUAGAUGCAUGCGUAAUAAGAGUCCUGAAGGCAUUAUAACUGAUCAAUGCAGGGCAAUGGCCAACGCUAUUGAACAAGUGUUUCCUAAUACGAGGCAUAGGUGGUGUUUAUGGCACAUCCUGAAGAAGUUUCCUGAAAAAUUCCACGACUAUAGAAAUAAUGCCGCUAUCAAAAGCGAACUACAUGCGCUUAUAUAUGAUUGUGGUUGUCCAACAGAAUUUAAAAAGGGUUGGGAGGAACUACUUACAAAACAUGGAAUCCAGGAAAAUGAAUGGCUAUGUAAUUUGUACCAAGAGAGACAUAAAUGGGUUCCGUGUUAUUUGAAAAAUAAAUUUUGGGCAGGCAUGUCUACCACUCAGAUAAGUGAGGGAAUAAAUGCUUUUUUUGAUGGAUUUAUUAAUUCCACAACCACUCUUCAACAAUUUGUGGUUCAAUACGACAAUGCUGUUAGAGUAAAGGCCCAAAAGGAAAUAGAAGCGGACUUCUCGUCCAUGAACACCACUAUUGCAUGUGGCUCUCAGUCACCGAUUGAGAGACAAUUUCAAGUUCAAUACACACAUGCAAAGUUUGAGGAGGUCCAAACAGAGUUCCGUUCAAGGAUGAAUUGUUUCAUCAAAGACACCUUAAAGGACGACUUGUGGAACACUUACACUAUAAAAGAGGAACGAAUGUGGGAAGGUAAUCCUUUACCUGAUAAAUUUUACAAAGUUCAAUUUGAUCCCCUCACACAGUCAACCACUUGCUCUUGCCAACUGUUUCAGUUUAGAGGAAUUAUAUGUCGUCAUUCCCUAUUGGUAUUUGGUCAAGAAGAUGUAUACAGUGUUCCCUCAGAAUACAUUUUGCGGCGUUGGAGCAAAAAUAUCCGAAGAAGACACACACUAAUAACAACAUCGUAUAGUACUUCUAGUAAUGACCCACGCAUGCAAAGAUACAAGAUGUUGUGCAAACGUUUUUAUGAAAUUGCAGAAGUUGCGUGUGAGUCUGAGGUUGCUACUUCUGAAUUGGAAAAAGAAAUUCAUUGUCUUGGUCAAAAAUUUGGUUUCAGUUCAUCGAUGACAAAUAACAUCAUCAGUCAUGCAGGCCAACUAAGAUACGAUACUGGUGCAUGCACGUCAAUUCCACAUACUCCAGUUGGAACAUCUGAUGUGGUUGUUCACAGUCCUGCAACUGUUAAGCGAAAAGGACGUCCACGCACAAACAGGUUGAAGUCCACCGUUGAGAAAAGAACCCAAAGAAGAAAGUCCGCUUCAGGCAGGAAGACUUCAACACCACCCACCCUUCAUAUGGAGACAAGGGCAUGUAAUGUUUCUGAACGUGAUGACCAUGUUCAAUUUCACGCGGACUCUAUCCAACUAUCACAAGAUACCGAAAUGGGUCAUUUAGGAUUUAUGUCAUUGUUGUUAGCUGUACAUAACAAUUUCGAUAACAUUAGUUGA